UCCUGUUUUGUCGUAGUUGCUGCAAUGGCAGACUUGGCCGCUCAGUUGCCAGGGCAGAAGGUAGCCGCGGCAUUCGAUGUUGAGUGCAGUAAUGGCAGGAAACAUAGGGGGGAUUCAUUGGCCCCCAACUCAGCGCAUACCACCGACCACGAUUCAUGGCUUCAAGUGGGCGUCUUGCUCGUUACAGGUUUCACCUCUGGGUACGUACUGAGCUAUUCAAGCCUCAUUCUGAGGCCUUUGGGUUGGUUGUGGGGUAGCCUGUGCAUGGCCUUCAUUGCCUUCUUCUCUCUCUAUGGGAACUGUCUCUUGGCAGAACUGAACGCCAUCGAUGGCCGAAGGUUCAUAAGAUACAGAGACUUGAUGGGCUAUGUCUUUGGUAGGAAAAUGUACUAUACAACUUAUGUCCUCCAGUACUCCAUGUUGGUGCUUGGGAAUAUGGGUUUCAUUAUGCUUGCAGCCAAGUCACUCAAAGCAAGUUCAUGGCUCCCUGAUCAUUUACUAAUCAUCUUCACUGAUCUUUUUUUCAUUAAUUCCGUUUCUUUGAUCCAUUACAACAGAAUAUCAUGUUUCUUUCUUCUGAAAACGACACAGGAAAUCAAUUUGGCAUUCGAUGCUUCUGCUUUGAGACUUCAAGUGUACAUAGUCAUAACUGGGGCAGUCUAUUUCAUUUUCUCUGUUCUUGUUCCAACAAUGUCAGCCAUGAGAGAAUGGUUGGGCCUUUCAGUUCUUCUCACCCUUGCAUAUAUUGGCACAGUAACAGCAACUUCCGUUAAAGAUGGGAUGUCAAAUUCUGUCAAGAGCUACCACGUAGAUGGGAGCACGGCAGGGAAGAUUUUCAAUGCAUUUGGUGCAGUAUCAGCCAUUGUUGUUAGCCACAACUCAGGGCUAUUACCUGAAAUGCAGUCUACACUUCGGCGGCCAGCAGUAAAGAAUAUGAAGGCAGCUCUGCUCAUGCAGUUUACAGUCGGGUUGCCAAUAUAUUAUGGAGUCACUGUGAUCGGCUACUGGGCAUAUGGUGCCGAAGUUUCAGCAUAUCUGCCUGAACAGAUUAGCGGGCCUAAAUGGGCUAAAGUUCUUGCUAAUUUAGCCAUGUUUGUGCAGUCCGUGGUUUCACAACAUAUGUUUUUGACCCCAGUACAUGAGACCCUAGACACCAUGUAUCUGAACCCUGAAGAGAGCUUGUGGUCCUACACUAACAUGAAACGCCGCUCCCUCCUGCGUGCCAUCGUCUUUGCAGUUAACUCCUUUGUAGUGGCAAUGUUCCCUUUCAUGGGAGAUUUUGUGAACUUACUUGGGUCCUUUGCUCUCCUCCCACUCAGCCUUGUCUUCCCAAGCAUGAUCUUUAUCAAGGUCAAGGGGAGAACAGCAAGUUUCACAACAAAAGCUUGGCACUGGUUAAACAUCAUUUUAUUCUCCAUUUUCACCAUCUUGACGACAGUUUCUGCUGUCAGAUUGAUCAUUGAAAAUGUCAGGAUCUAUCACUUCUUUGCAAAUACAUAACUUCCAAAGUCAAGAAGGUGGAUGGAAUAUUUAUAAUGAUAUAUUAUACAGUAAUUAAAAAGGGGGAUUGUAUUUUCCUAUUUCAGCUCAGAAUUAUGGAGUCGUCGGCAGAACUUCACAAGGAAUUGCUGAUAUCGGUGAUAAACAAGACAAUUCAAGUUUCUUGUACUCUGAAAACCACACCUAAUGGUCGUUAAACAGAAACAACCUUCACUCACUAUACCCUGAGUUAAUUACUAACAAAGGCCGAGUUAAUGAGCUAAAAUGACUAGAACAUCCCGAUGAUAAGUUAUUCCCACGUU